GGCAUGGUCCUUGGUUUGGGUUUGGGUUUGGAUGUAGACUUAGAAGAAAGGGAAGAUAAUAAACACUACCUUUACUUCCUCCUUUCAUCAUCUGCCACCCACCACUACAAACUUAUAGCUCCAUUUCUAUACUUCCAAACUUUUCCCUUUCUCUCUCCUCUCUUCCAAGAGAAACUUUCUUUUUUUCUCUUUUUUUCUUUCUGCCUCAAACCAAAACUUGGUUGUUAUCAUAGAGGAUAACCAUAAGAGAAAUCAAACCCAAAAGUACAUCAUCAACAAGAAUCAUGGUUAGUUUUAGUACCAACAAUCAAUGCAACCCCCCACGUGGGGGUGGAGGAGGUGCAAUUGGGGUGAGAGGUCUCAAUGAAGAAGAAAAUAAGUGGCCAUCAUGGCUUAAGCCACUUCUCCAAACAAGCUUCUUUGUUCAAUGCCAAGUCCACUCAGAUUCCCACAAAAGUGAAUGCAAUAUGUAUUGCUUGGACUGCAUGAAUGGAGCCCUUUGCUCUGCUUGUCUUGCUUCUCACAAAGAACACAGAGCCAUUCAGAUAAGAAGAUCUUCAUACCAUGAUGUGAUAAGGGUGUCGGAGAUACAAAAAUUUCUGGAUAUAACAGGGGUCCAAACUUACAUUAUAAACAGUGCCAAGAUUGUGUUCUUGAAUGAAAGACCUCAACCUAGGCCUGGGAAAGGAGUUACUAACACCUGCCAAGUCUGUGAACGCAGCCUUCUUGAUUCAUUCAACUUCUGUUCCCUUGGUUGCAAGAUAGUUGGAACCUCGAAGAAGUUCCCGAAGAAGAAAAUGUUAGGUGAGAGAGAUGGGUCCGAUGGUGAAGAAUCAAUAAAUGGCAUAAUGAAUGAAAGUGCAAGAAACAAAAUCCAGAGCUUCACACCGUCAACACCGCCACCAACAGUGGUAAAUUACAGGACAGCUAAGAGGAGAAAGGGAGUCCCACAUAGGGCUCCAAUGGGGGGUGCCCUUAUUAUACAAUACUAAUAAUAAUGUUAUAUGCUAUUGCUAGCUUCAUGGGUUUAGGUCACUCACCAAACAAUAAUUAUACCCACAAAUAUUCAACUUCCCUAAGUGGCAAUAUCACAUCCUUAGACAUAAAAGUUACAAAUACCUAAUACCUGAGCCUUGUUCACUUGAGGCCGGUGUUGGGUUACAAAAUAUAAGGGAUAAAGCUGUGUCUGAACCAAUUACUUUAUUUGUGUUUAAAUGGAUUACUUUAAUUUACUCUUAAAUGAGCCAACUAGAAAGAAGUUGUACUUCUUAAUUAUACCAAAAUGUAUAGGAGGAUAAUCAUAAAGGGAAAAAUUAUAGGUUAAAAAUGAAAUGAAUAUAGAAUAUAUAGAAUGGGAGUAAUUGAAUUUAUGUUGGUGUAAGAAUAGCAAUCAUGUGUUGGUAUCAGAUGCGCAAUGUACAAAGUGGCUUGUAGAAUGUAAUAAUGAUAAUGAAAAUAAUAAUAAAUAAAAGAAAAAGUGGGUUGUAGAAAGAUGUUGUAUUUUAGACAGUAGAUGUCUUUAUCAUGAUUAUUAAAAUAUUCCCCUGGUUUGGUAUAUGUCCAUCAGACUUGAAAGUGCGGUGUUGAAUUGUUGAACUGGUUAUGAGUGGUUUAAAUUGCAGAAUGUAUUUGGCUUC